CCGUCAGCGGCGGACCUAAUGAAGGCGCAGCGGAAGGCGGAGGUCUGCGCGGGGAAGGGCGCGGGCGCGCGGCGACGAGGCUGCGGGUGGUGCGACGUUGCCGCGUGGACGGGCCUCGUGGUGUCGCUGGCGCUUGUGGGGUUCGGCCUGGCGAUUCUCAUCCUCGCUCUCACAUUCAACACCGAGGACCCCAAGUUUGAAAUUCUCAAGGUGGACUUGACACAGCUGAACUUUGGAACCUUCUGUUUGACUUCAACAACUUCAAAGUCAAGGCGAACGGCAAGGCGGACGUCAAGGCGCUGGUGGUUAACCCUAACAACCACGAG